AUGUGUUUAAAUACCAGAUAUAUUGACCUAGUGAAUCACUACAAUGCAUUGUCUUAUGAUUCUCCAGCGUUUGCCAAUCUAGUUUUUUGGCGUUGUCAACAGUUAUGUCAUGUGAAAUAUAGAUGUGCACUAUGGGGUGAACAUCAACAAGUUUUAAAUUCACUUCGUAUUGUUUUAAAUCAGGGACCAGAAAUUAUCACUAGCUCUAAUUUCGAAAAUGUGUUUAAAUACCAGGUAAAUGAACGAUAUAUUGACCUAGUGAAUCACUACAAUGCAUUGUCUUAUGAUUCUCCAGCGUUUGCCAAUCUAGUUUUUUGGCGUUGUCAACAGUUAUGUCAUGUGAAAUAUAGAUGUGCACUAUGGGGUGAACAUCAACAAGUUUUAAAUUCACUUCGUAUUGUUUUAAAUCAGGGACCAGAAAUUAUCACUAGCUCUAAUUUCGAAAAUGUGUUUAAAUACCAGGUAAAUGAACGAUAUAUUGACCUAGUGAAUCACUACAAUGCAUUGUCUUAUGAUUCUCCAGCGUUUGCCAAUCUAGUUUUUUGGCGUUGUCAACAGUUAUGUCAUGUGAAAUAUAGAUGUGCACUAUGGGGUGAACAUCAACAAGUUUUAAAUUCACUUCGUAUUGUUUUAAAUCAGGGACCAGAAAUUAUCACUAGCUCUAAUUUCGAAAAUGUGUUUAAAUACCAGGUAAAUGAACGAUAUAUUGACCUAGUGAAUCACUACAAUGCAUUGUCUUAUGAUUCUCCAGCGUUUGCCAAUCUAGUUUUUUGGCGUUGUCAACAGUUAUGUCAUGUGAAAUAUAGAUGUGCACUAUGGGGUGAACAUCAACAAGUUUUAAAUUCACUUCGUAUUGUUUUAAAUCAGGAAAUAAAUGUUGAAUUAGCUUCAAUGUUAGAAAAAUGCAAUCGAGCAUAUGAAUGUCCAACAGUUAAAAUGAACUUAAUGAAAGAUCGAUAUGAACGUCGAUUAACUGAUUUAAACAGUGAAUGUACAAGUUUACAAAAUAUUUCUCAAGAGAUUUAA